AUGGAUCCUGAUAGAGACGUACCAAUGGAAGACGCAGAAAGAUCGCUUGAUGAUUUCGACUCAAUGGACUUUUCAAUGUCUCAAAAUGCCAACAGCAUAAACAAUAAUAAUAAUAACAAUAAUAAUAAUACCGCAUCAACAGGCAAGCGAACAGGAAAAGGUGGGAAAACUUUGUCAGACUCCCUGAAAUCUGCUACAACCAGCGCCAAUGAACUCUCUGAAAGUUCCAAAUUGCAACUGCAACUGCAACAACAACAAUCACAACAACAAUCGGUGCCACAAUCUGCAAUUGACACACAGUCUGUAAACCAGUUAGACAAAUGGAUUGAGCAAUUGCUGAAAUGUGAACCUCUUUCAGAAGCAGACGUGAAAAAAUUGUGUGAAAUGGCUGUUGAUGUAUUGCAGGGUGAGGAAAACGUACAACCCGUAUCAGUUCCAGUCACAAUAUGUGGUGAUGUUCAUGGUCAAUUCCACGACUUAAUGGAAUUGUUCAAAAUCGGUGGGCCAUGCCCAGAUACAAACUAUUUAUUCAUGGGUGAUUACGUUGAUCGUGGCUAUUACUCUGUUGAAACCGUAUCAUAUUUAGUUUGCAUGAAGGUGAGGUUCCCCAAUAGAAUUACCAUUCUCAGAGGUAACCACGAAUCAAGACAAAUUACUCAGGUCUAUGGGUUCUAUGAUGAGUGUUUGAGAAAAUAUGGCUCUGCCACCGUAUGGAAAGUGUUUACUGACUUGUUUGACUAUUUCCCAAUUACUGCACUUGUCGAUAACAAAGUUUUCUGUCUCCAUGGUGGAUUAUCGCCAAUGAUUGAGACUAUUGACCAGGUUCGUGAAUUGAACCGGAUCCAAGAGGUUCCUCAUGAAGGACCCAUGUGUGAUUUGCUUUGGUCGGAUCCAGACGAUCGGGGCGGAUGGGGUAUAUCUCCACGUGGUGCGGGUUUCACUUUUGGUCAAGAUAUCAGUGAACAGUUUAACCAUACAAACGAUUUGAGUCUUAUUGCUAGGGCACAUCAAUUGGUUAUGGAGGGAUUUAGUUGGAGUCAUCAAGAAAAUGUUGUUACUAUAUUCUCAGCACCUAAUUACUGUUAUAGAUGUGGUAACCAGGCUGCAAUUAUGGAGGUUGAUGAACAACAUAAUAGACAAUUUUUGCAAUAUGAUCCAAGUGUUAGACCAGGUGAACCCACAGUCACAAGAAAGACGCCAGACUAUUUCUUGUAA